AAUUACUUGACGGGACGUACUCAGCGUGUCUCUAUCGAAGGUAUCUUGUCUAACUUUGGUGAAAUUACAGCUGGUGUACCACAGGGGUCCAUUUUGGGCCCACUGCUGUUCGUAGUUUACAUCAAUGACCUUCCAUCUGUUCUAUCAAACUCUGAGAUCCUAAUGUACGCUGAUGAUACCGUGAUAUUCCGUGAGGGUACUGAAGUAUACAAAAUUAAACAAGAACUGUCUGACGAUUUGGAAAAUGUAAAUUUGUGGUUUAAAGAUAAUAUGCUACAUAUGCAUAAUGAUAAAACGAAAUCUGUUCUAUUUGGAACAGUUAAACGCCUUUCAAUGAACGAUGAGCUAAGAAUUGACCUACAAGGAAAACCUAUCAAAAACGUGACAUCCUAUAAAUAUCUUGGUGUCUACUUAGAUCGAGGUUUAUCAUUUAUUGAACAUAUAAAUCGCCUGAAGAUGAAAGUACUGUAG